GCCCACCGCUAAUUUUUCCCUCCGGAGGACCACAGCUCCCGGCAUGCAGUGCGGCAUCUGCGUCUGUUAGGCUGGGCCCUCUCCCUCUUUGGCCGCGGGCGAGGAAGGGCGCGGUGGCUCUUACUUGUGCCCCCCGCCCCCCCGGGCUGAGGCGCGGAUGGAGGGCUACGACUCCUGCGCCGUGUGGUGGGGGGGAUUGUGCAUGUCCACAGUGUGCUCUGUCCGUGCUAGGAUGCCCUUAGCCUCACACGCCGCCUGGAAGUCUUCUACGCCCGGGUUUCUCAAUCUUCAUUGCACGGCGAUCCCAUUCUGACAACAAAAAUUACUACCUGACCCCAGGACGGGGGACUGAGCUCGCCCAAGGCUUGCUGCCAAGAGCUUCAGCCGCAGAGAGGGGGGUCUGUAACCUGAGCUGUGCUGCCCUGGGCUGAAGCCCUUUGGUUUUGGCUUUGGCCCUUGGUAGUUGGGCUCGGGGUUUAGCUUCAUCCCUUGGCAGUGGGGCUUGGGCUUUGGCCCCAAGCCCCGGCAACUCUAAGCCAGCCCCAGUGACCCCAUUAAAACUGGGUUGUGACCCACUUUGGGAUCUUGACCCACAGUUUGAGAACUGAGGUUGUACUCUGCCUGCAAUUUGCCCACAGCCUGGUGCUGAGUUGCUGACAAGGGUCCCUCCUUGCUGGUGCUGUUUGUUUAAAAACAUUGCAGCUACCAUUAUGUGAUCAAAGUUGCCAGUAUGAGAGGAAAGUGGUCUGGGAUAGUUUUCCGAAGAAACUGGCACCUGACGGUGAUGAGAAAACUGUGUAAAUUCUAGGGGACUUUCUUAAUGUGCAGAGAGAGAAAAGGGAGAAAAAAUUAUCUAGAAUAAAGCACAAAACUCCUUUAGCAGCCCCUACGUUCUCUGCAUAUCUGAAAAGGUGUGGCUCCUUCUGUUCCCCACCUCCCACUGACACUUCUGUAGAAUUUCUGCCCUUCAAGGCUUCCCUCUUUUCUCCUGCUUUCUUCCCCGUUUAUCUUAACUCCUAUCACAUUCAGGCUCCUCUUUUGCUCCCUGCCAGCCGUAUCUUGUCUUUCAGGAGCACUUGGUUCCAGCUCCUUCCCUUGUUGUAGAUAGCUGAAAGUGGGUGAGGAUUGGGUCUUCCUGCUGAUGAGAGAGGAGAAGCAGGAGGGAGGCGGCAGGAACAGGAAAGCUUAGCUAUAGGAGAAAAGUAGCUCAAAGAAAAAAGGCUGCCUAAUUCUGUCACAUAUUCCUGGCUGUGAUUAGUGGCUGGCACACCAGUAUCCCUGAAUGACGGUUGAAAACCCUGGACUGUUGACAGCUAUGGCCUGAAUGAUCAAGGGUGUUGGCCACAAAUGCUGAAGUCAGUGUAAAGUGCCACUUUUGUUCAGUUUUGACAUGUUACAAUUUUGCAUUAAUCAGCUUGUUUUAAUUUUACAUGUUUUUUGUUUGAGAAUUCACCUCUUUUAACUCUUUGAGAAUUGGUUUUUCAUUGCAUAAAUAUAGACGUAUCAUACUUAAUCCUAUUCCUCUUUUUGUGCACGAGGCCACAUUACACUUUUAAUUAUGUUCCUUUUGCCACGGCUACAAAUUAAGAGCCAUAUACUACAGGAGAUCUUCAAUGGUAACAAAAGAAGGUUUGCACAAAGAUUGUGAGUAGUAUAUGGCCACUAAACUUUGUUAGUAAAAUUAUUAUUACAGUAGGUAUCAUUUGGCUGAGAAAAAUGAUGCAGAAUGCUUUUAGGAUCAUGAGUAUGUCCUUUUGAUUAUUUGUUUAUGCAAUUAGCCAGGUUGUGUGUACAGUUGCAAUACUUGUAUAUGAAGAUUAGGCAGACAAUUGUACAUUUGUUUUUGAAAAUUAUUAGCCUUCAUUAGGAUAAAAAAUAAGCAUUUAAUGGGGGCAGUUCACACCUCUUUUGCACUUGCUCUCUCAGCAUUCUAUUGCUUCAGAUUUUAUUUAUCAAUGCAACCAUAAAGACUAGAAGCAUCAGUGCUGUCUUCUUUCUUUGUUUCCAUUCUGCAGGAUCUGGAUGUGUAUUGAAGCCCGGGGUGUGCGUAGCUGCACUCAGCUAAUGAUAUUUGACUCUUCUUGAAGUAAUACUUGUGGGCUAUACCUCUCCAGCUGGGAGAGGAUUGAAUCAACAAUAUAGUAAUAGUACUAUUUACUUACUAUCUUGGUUGUUCAAACACUUCAGAAUAAAUGGAUCCUGAUCAAAAAGAAGAAGAAAUGUCAUCAGAGAAAACAACUAAGGGAAGUUGUAAAAAGGAUGCUCAGAAAGCAAUUCUGAAGAAGAUCUCUCAGAGAAGAGAAAGUGCUAGAAAAAAGUUGACUGAAGACAGUGAACAUGUUAUUAGGCAUCAAACAGAAGAAUUUGUAGAUCAGAAGUUCCAGGAGGAUGUGGCUGAUGUAGCAAAACAAAGGAGUGUAACUGAAGCAUUACGAGGUAGAGUAAGAAAGAAACUGAAGACAUACAAGGCUGACAGUUCAGUCAAUUUAGAAAACUUUUCUGCUGUGCCACACUGUUCGGAGCACCCAAAGUCAAGUACAAGAUCUGUGAAAGUUGUACAAGAAGAAAAGUCAACAGACAAAAGCCUCUCUGAUACUAAAAUAUACCAGAAAAACCUUGACAUAGAAAUCUUAUCCGAUGACAGUUUAGCAUUUUUUAUCAUGACUGGUGAAGAAGGCUCAGAAUUAAAAGAUUUGGACAAAAAUACAUACCAGCAUAAAUUAAUACAUGACAGUCAUCAAAACCUUGAUGUCUUGAAUGAUGAAAGUGGUCCUCUGCUUGAUAUUGUGGAAGAAGUUUUAUUGCCGGAUGUGCUUGAAGUGAAAGCUGCUGAAUAUGAAUGCAAUGAACUGCAGAUUAACAAGCAAUGGGAACAUCUUUUUGUGCCAAGCAGUUCGCCAGUGGUUCACAGCUUUAAACUACCAAAAGGCAUGGUGCCACGCAUCUUAGAAGAUGAAGGAUUGUAUAGUCCAAGAAAACCAGAAAUUUGUAGGAGAAGUUACAACAAAAUGGAAAGUCGUCUUCUGAAACAAAAAGGGGGAAAAAACUGGUUUGAAGAAAGUGGGGAAAUAAUUUCAUUACCUUCUCCAAUCAAACAAUCACGAAACUCCAGAAAAUGUUUUCCUUUUAAGACUGGUCCAGGAUUAAAGACAAUAUACAAGAAGGCAAUGCUAUCUGAAUUGGAAAGCUGCAUCAUAACUAAAUCAGGGGGUCAAAGAGAACUUUAUCAACUUGAUCUCAAUAUAUCAAGUUUAUUGUUCAGCCACCAUCCUCUUUUCAGCCAAGAACAUGUGUUGACUGCUAGGUUGCUCCAACUUUAUGAAUGCUUUCAGAACAGACAACAGCAUAAUAUAGCUCUCUUGCUAUCUGAAAAGCUUAAAGCAUUAAUAAAUGCUACCAAAAUAGUAGAAAGUGGUUUGGAAGCAAGCCAACUGAGCAGAAAAACUUUAGAGGACUACAAAUGGCAAAUAAGAGAUACCAAGAAAUUGUAUGACCAAGAACAGCAAAAAGAUAUUUCUUUAAUACAUAAUAUGUUAAAAGUCUGGAAACAAAUAAAAUCUGUACGUAGACAGCAAGACUAUACAAGUACACCUGUAAAAUUACAGUUUCAAAAAAGGCCGACAAAGAAAAAUGAUGAGGAUGAAUAUAAGGCAGGAUUAGCACAAGAUGCUGAAAAAGACAGAGGGCUGGAGGGAGAAGAUAAUAUUGAUAACCCUGACAAUAUUUCAGAGACCUGGGGAAAACGGAAGGGAUGUUUGGAUUCAGCUCCUCCAUUGGCGAGUUCAACACAACUUGCAGAGAUAAAGGAACCUUUUUUCAUACCACAUCUCACUUUGACUGCAGAAAUAACAGCAAUGUCGAAGUGUCCCAUAUAUGAACAGAAGAGAAGAGCCAAAGUUCAGAGGCAACAGUAUUUUAUUAAAAUAUUUUACAAUGAAAAACAAGUCUCUUGCACUUCAGUAGCUCCCCUACAGAUGGAUUUUAGAGUAAUGUUUCAGCAAAUUUUUAGUAUUCAGUUAUUAAAUUGGCCCGAAUCUCUACGAUUGGAGAUUUGUGAAUCAGCUAAACGGACAAACGUGUUGGCCAAAAUAUAUUUACCUAUUCCUGACAAUACUGUACUGAAAAGCAAAGGUGUAUUGGAACAGGCGGAAUUUAGCUGUGACCAGCAAGUUAAACCCAUAAAUGGAGAAGUGGGAAGCAAUGUACCUUUUCUUCUGGAUGAAAAUGAAACUGAAGAGGUGUGUCUUUUGACAUCAGGAAAACUAAUGUAUUCCUUAUCCUGGGCAGUCGAUGAGGGAGGAAUUCUGUUAGCCCCUGUAUCUCAGAAAAUAAUCUCUGCUUGUUACAGUGUGCCAAGAAACAUAAAUGCAGAAAUAGCUACUGGACUUCUGUGGUUCACUGACAGACAGAAACUUAUUGAAUGGGCUAAAGAAGUCAAGAUUGAUCCUAAUGACCCUGAGUAUUCAGAUUUGAUGGAAUUCAUUAUGUAUGCAAGAUCGAAGGAACAAACUAUGUCAAAAUAUUUUCGUCUUGAACAUCUGCAAGAAGAAUUUAACUUUGUUACUGAAGAAGAGAUUAAAAAGUGUAAACGUUUCCAGCUGUUGCAGCUUAGGAACUCAGAGCCGUUCGAUUUCUGCCAUUUUCAGCAAAUACCACUAUAUGAUAGAGAGAUACCAGAUGCAGUCAUUCAGGAAUAUGAAAGCCAAUUAGAGAAGGAUAUAUCAAUGACAGAUGUGGAUCCUAUUACUGCACAAAGGAUUAGAUCUGCCAACUUUAUAAGGAAGAUGAGAAAACUAAUUUUAAAGCGACUUCUCAAAGUUAAGCACAAAUUUAAUUUAAUGGAUAUUGUGAGCGAUUAUGAAGAAAUUAUAUCUAUGAGCCAAUUGAGGAAUGCAGUUUUUAAGUUAGGUGAACGUAGAAGACAUUUAAAGCCACAAAGAAAAGAGAGAAAAAAAGUUCCAGCGCAGACUGUUUCUGAUGGAGAUCUUAAGCUUCUUAUCAGAGUAUUGAGAGCUUAUAACAUUCCUUCAAGAAAUCCAUCAGUUACUAGACCAGCAGGUGUUCAUUCGCCAGCAUAUGCAAUUAAUCAGCUGUCCCGGAGUAGACAUCUACUAUCAGGCAAGUCAUCAUACACAUCUGAUCCUCUAAGUGAGGUGAGUGUGCGUCCAUUUGUAGAAGUUUCUUUCCAGCACACAGUUUAUCAAACUAGCACUGCAGAUGGAUCUCAUCCAUGCUGGAAUGAAGAACUUCAAGUGGAUUUUAUAUCACCAGGACAUGACUAUAGCUUUUCAGGACUGUCUAAAAUAAAAGACAAUAUAUAUGUCAACAUUUUUGAUGAAGUUAGGGUGGAAAAACAUGAGGAUACUUGUCUUAAGGGUUGCAGUGGCCACUCGUAUAUAAGAAAGAACUGGUUUGGAUCAGUUACUUUUCCUUUUUCUGCUCUUCUGGAACAAUCAAAGAUCUGUGGUACAUUUCAAGUAAAUACGCCACCAGUUUUGCUUGGAUACACUUGGAGCAAGACCUGUGUAUCUCCUAAAGAAGAGCAUUGUGGACAGAAUUUAAAAGAAUAUAUCUUUUUAACCAUCUUUGCUACAAUUGAACCUCAGCUAUUUUCUGUUGAAAAUGAUUCAGAAUCAGAUAAGUUUGCAGAUCGUGAAGAUGAAACACUUUUGCAAAGAGCAUGCAUUUUUAAAAAAAAUUGCAAGGCAAAAUUUCCAAAAAGAAGAAUAACAACCUCUGUUUUUGACAAUGAAGGAAGAAAUACCUUAGUAACAAAAUAUAUUAGGGCACUAAAUCCGCCACAGCUGCUACUAGAUAUGUAUCCUGACGAUCCUAAUGCAACUUUUGAUCUUAUUUCUCAGUUUGUGUCUUUAAUUCCUUGUGUAUCAGAUACAUUGAAUGAAAAUGCUGAUGUUGAUGUUUGGAUGACAUCAGAGCAUUGCAUCAAUUUGGCUGUUGGAAAUAAAGAAGAGCAUGCAGUGCUUCUGUGUAACUACCUUCUGUAUUUUGGGAAAAAAGCAUGGGUACUGUUGGGAACAUCAAUGUUAGAAGGAAAAGUGGCAUAUGUAUUAACUCAUGAAAAUGAAGAAUAUUUCCUUUGGAAUCCCUUGAAUGGACAGUGUUAUAAACAGUUUGAUACAUUUUGUCCCUUACAGAGUGUUGACUGCUUAAUCAAUUGGGAAAACGUCUGGUUCAAUACACAGCAAAACAGUUCACCAAUGUGCGUAAGUUUUGAAAUUUCAAAGGAAGGUUUUUGGAGACAAUUUCUACCACACAAUUUUCAAUGCAUAAAAACACAAACUGUACAGCCAAAAGUAAUACUUUACACCUCUACUAAUGGAAGCAUGGUGGAAGAACUACAGAACAGGAUCGAAAAGACCUUAAAAAGUAAAAUAAUGGAAUGGCGAUUUCAUCAACCAACUCGGUGGCAUCGACAGUGUACUGCUCUUCUACGACAAAUUCUUCCCAAGCUAGAAUUAAGAAAUAGGAGCUUUGUUACAGAAAAAGAAGAAAAUGAAUUGGAAAGUUUACUGGAACAUUAUUGGGUGACAGGAUACCCUAUCCAUAUGCCAUAUACAGAUUUACCAUCAAUAAGCGAGGCUGUGUAUCAAACUGGCAUUCAUUCUUCAGAAAUCCCCAAUACAGAAUUUGCUCUUGCUGUAUAUAUUCAUCCAUAUCCAAACAACAUCUUAUCUGUAUGGAUCUACUUAGUUUCUUUGGUCCGUCAUCAAUAAACAGUGUUGAAUUCAAUUAUGAUUAAACUAAGUUACUACAUGUUACCUCUCAUGGUUUAAGAUGGUUAUUUAGGCAUGAGAACUGGGACACAAGAAGCUAAUUUUAUACCACAAGAGAUAAGCCAGUACUAUUUAUUGUACAUUAAUAGAGUCUUGUUACUGUAGAGAGAUUGUAGCUUCUAAAAAUUCUAAUUAGAUCCAUUAGAUCUAUUAUAAAUUGACCUUAUCAUUUUUGCUAAUUUCCCAAUAAUCUGAGACCAGUAUUAAACUCCUGUAAAUCAUUAGAAUGAUCAUAUUUAGUGUCCAGAGAAGUUGUUUAAAUGAUUUCUUGGGGAGUAGAAAGUAAACCCUUUGAGGAAAGAUCUUAAUGGGUUGUUUUAUAGAAGUAUUAGAAUUUAGGGUCUUGCUGCCUCAACACAGUGAAUUUCAAACAUUCCAAGAGUAACACAUAGUUGAUACCAUUACUUAAAUAAGGUGCUGUAGAAUAUUGUGAAAUGCAUAUUAAUGUUUAACUGGUAGAGACACAGUGGUUUACAAUGAUGAAUGUGAAAGUUGUGGAAUAAAAUUCAAGUUUGCAACUUUAA